AUGGAUUCACGUCUGGUGCAACAAGGGAAAAAGACCCGAUCGGCUUGCGACCGGUGUCAUGGGCAGAAACUCCGAUGUAUCCUCAAACCCGGUCAGGCCCGGUGUGAGCGAUGCCUGCGACUCGACACGGCCUGUCGCUUUGCGCCUCGUGCCCCACGGGGAUCGAUCAAGACUCGCUCGUCGCAGGCGCAGAAAACGCCGAAUACGCAAGACGCCUUGCCAGAGUUGCCUUCGCUGAGCACCGAAUCUGAUGAUGGUGCUCUUGACGUGGCCUUGGACAGUGAACCGUGGUCAGACAUCGCCGAUAUGCUGAACCAGGACAGAAUCUGUCAGCUAGAGCCGAUAAUUAACGACCAAGCACUAUUAUGGUCGCCAGACAUACGUCCAUCAUGGGACAACGAUAUCCAGACACUGCAGCUCCCGCAGUCUGUAUCAACAUCAAUAACGCACGAACUAGCAGGCCUCAGCAUCGCUCUGUCUGAACUCUCAGCAAACCUACCAACAGCCCCAGAAACAGCCAGUUCCAACUCUCCCAAUUGCACAAACACAAACACAAACACAAACACAAGCACAAGCACAAGCACACGCGCAGAAAUGCCCUUCGUUCUCGAUGACCUAUUCCGCCUCACCACGCAGUUCACAGACCUAAUCCAGACCCGCCUCGGACUCCCCGACGAAGCCACAGUCCUUAUGCUUGGAUCCUGCCAUUCCAGACUAACAGAGAUAUACACGACCAUCUUCUCCCUAGUCCAGCGAUGCAUCAACCAUUCACUCGGCCCGCCUCGACCGCGCCCGAAUUGGGCGGUUAUCCUGCCGAAAGUAGAAAUGGGGUCGCUGAAUGCGCCGCCUCUGCGCGUCGACGCGGAGACCCCGGCAUUUGGGGCAAAGGCGUUUAUGUAUAUGUGGAUGCUCUGUGUCUUUUCGGCGGAGCUGUGGACGCAGUUGAAUCAUGCGCUGGGAAGACAAGAUCGGGGUGUGGUUGGUGCUGAUGGGAUGUCGCCUUUGGGGCGGAUGGUCUGGACGGAAAUGGUGGAUAGGGCUGGGUCUGUGCUGCAGAGUAUUGAGAGUACGAAGGCUUUGGUUGCAUAG